AUGCGUGGAUUCCUGGCUUUAGUGGGCCUCUUGGCCGCUACUACCGCGGCAGAGAACUCAAUCUGCGCUGAUGGCCUAUACAUGAUUGCUGCCAGAGGUUCUACUGAGCCCGCGGAGGCUAGGAAGGGGUAUUUUCCCGCAAACUCAGGGUCCGCUGGGUAUGUGGCACAGCUUAUUGCAGAUAAGAUCUCAGGCUCCAAGAUCGCGGGCGUGAAGUACCCUGCAACGCUGAAAAAUCCUCCCUACGUGCAGUCAGAGGAUGAUGGGGCAGCUACUAUGCUGCAGAUGGCAAAGGAGUACCACACAUCAUGCCCAAAUUCAAAAAUGGCCCUCAUAGGCUACUCUCAAGGUGCACAAGUAGUCUCUGACGUCCUUUGCGGCGGCGCUGGUGGCAUGUUCAACAACGAUCCACCAUUGUCACCAGCCAUAGUCAAAGAGAAUAUUGUUGCGGCAGUCCUGUUUGGGGAUCCAACACACAUCGCCAACACAUCAUACGAUCGCGGCACAAGCAUCCACAACGGAAUGUUCCCACGAAAGAACACCACCGUGUGCCAGCAGUAUGAUAACAUCGUGGCUUCCUGGUGCGACAAGGGUGACAAGUACUGCGACUCUGGAAAAGGUAAAAAAGGCCUACUAAUCCAUGAAUCCUACCUCGGGAUAUACAACAGCACCAUGGUAGACUACGUGGUUGAAAAAUGGAAGAACGCGACCACCACAGGCACGUCAACAGGGUCACCCACGAGCUCAACCACCAGCAGUCCAUCUCCAUCGACUGGCAUGGCAUCCGGGUUGACUUCAGAUCAGAGUUUUUUCCUGGCAUGGCCUCUGUUGUUGCUAUGUUGUGGACUCCUAUUUUAG